AUGGUGCUGCGACUGCUGAUGCGCUACUUAGCCAACAACGAGCAGCUCAUCCAGCGUAUGGCGGAGAGCUACCCCAUGAGACGAGCUGCCCAGUUGGUAGUUUCCCUAAUGUAUCGCACCAAGGACUUAGCAAGAGAGCAGGGACUGCACGAAAUGACGCCAGAGCGCUUUAAGUCAUUCAUCAACAUGUUCAAGAACAACGUGCGGCAAGAACUGGAGGGAGUCAAGAAAGAACUCAAUAGCAAGAAAAAGAACUAAGGGUCUGUUUUCAACUUGGCCAACUCAACCAAUUGUAAAUAAACGGCAAGAUAAAUUUUAGUCAAUUUUAGUAAACACAGGUGAAUAAAUUUUGAAGCCGAAGCAUUGAAA